AAUUUGCUUGCGUCGAUGUUAGACCUGCAGAAAGACCGUGUUAGGUUGCCGGCGAAAAAUUCGUUUGUUUAAUGUUAAUUGUACCAUUUAUGUAAAAUAAAAUAUAAAGAACUCCACGACCAAAACACUACAAAGAUGACUGCGGACACGCAAUCUAAGGCUAAACUGCCUCACCUUUCGUCUGAUAAGCAACUCACUUUUAUAAAACUGGCUGUUUUGUCAAUGGCAGCGAUUUUAUCGUUUGCAACACGUCUGUUCUCUGUUCUACGGUUUGAGAGUGUUAUUCACGAGUUUGAUCCUUACUUCAACUACAGAACUACCAGGUAUCUCACCGAGGAAGGUUUUUACAAGUUUCACAACUGGUUUGAUGAUAGGGCAUGGUAUCCCUUAGGCCGGAUUAUUGGUGGCACUAUCUACCCUGGUUUGAUGGUAACAUCCACAACGCUGUACAACAUUAUGCAGUAUAUGAACAUCACCAUUGAUAUUCGCAAUGUGUGUGUGUUCCUUGCACCAUUUUUCUCUUCCCUCACAACCAUUGUCACAUAUCUUUUGACUAAAGAACUAAAGGAUGAAGGUGCAGGGUUGGUGGCUGCAGCCAUGAUUGCCAUUGUGCCGGGCUACAUAAGCCGCUCUGUGGCUGGUAGCUAUGACAAUGAAGGCAUAGCUAUAUUCUGCAUGUUACUGACUUACUACUUCUGGAUCAAAGCUGUAAACACUGGAACUUUGCUAUGGGCUACAAUGACUGCAUUAGCAUACUUUUACAUGGUAUCGUCUUGGGGCGGCUACGUGUUCCUGAUCAACCUGAUCCCGCUGCACGUGCUGGCGCUGAUGGCGCUGGGCCGGUUCUCGGCGCGCGUGUACGUGGCCUACAGCGCGCUCUACUGCGUCGGCACCAUCCUCUCCAUGCAGAUCUCCUUCGUCGGCUUCCAGCCCGUGCAGAGCUCGGAGCACAUGCUGGCGCUGGGCACGUUCGGCCUGUGCCAGCUGUACGCGUUCGCGCAGUACCUGCGCGCGCGCCUGUCGCCGGCCAACUUCGAGCUGCUCUUCAAGGCGCUGCUCACCACGCUGCUGGCCACGCUGGGCACUGCCGUCGUCGCGCUCACCAUCACCGGUAAAAUCUCGCCCUGGACUGGCAGGUUCUACUCGUUACUGGAUCCUUCUUAUGCCAAGAAUCAUAUUCCAAUUAUCGCGUCGGUGUCGGAGCACCAGCCGACCUCGUGGUCGUCGUUCUACUUCGACCUGCAAGUGCUGGUGUUCCUCUUCCCCGCCGGCCUCUACUUCUGCUUCGCCAAGCUGACCGACGCCAACAUCUUCAUCAUCCUCUAUGGAGUUCUCAGUAUCUAUUUUGCUGGCGUGAUGGUCCGCCUGAUGCUGGUGCUGGCGCCGGUGAUGUGCAUCGUGUCGGGCGUGGCUGCCUCCAGCCUGCUCAGCCUGCACGUCAAGGACAUAGAGCCCAAAGUUGAAAAGCACGACAAGAAAAAGAAGCACGAAAAUAAUCUGGUGUUCCGUUCCGAGGUGGGCGCGUUGUUCGUGUGCGUGCUGGGCUGCCUGCUGGUGUCGUACGUGUUCCACUGCACGUGGGUGACGUCGGAGGCGUACUCGUCGCCGUCCAUCGUGCUGUCGGCGCGCGCGCACGACGGCGCCCGCAUCAUCUUCGACGACUUCCGCGAAGCCUACACCUGGCUCAAGAUGAACACGCCUGAGGACGCUAAAGUGAUGUCGUGGUGGGACUACGGCUACCAGAUAACAGCGAUGGCGAACCGGACUGUGAUAGUGGACAACAACACGUGGAACAACACGCACAUCUCGCGCGUGGGCCAGGCCAUGGCGUCGGGCGAGGAGCGCGCCUACGAGAUCAUGCGCGAGCUCGACGUCGACUACGUGCUCGUCAUAUUCGGCGGGCUCGUCGGCUACUCUUCUGAUGACAUCAACAAGUUCCUGUGGAUGGUGCGCAUCGGCGGCAGCACGGACCGCGGCGCGCACAUCCGCGAGGCCGACUACUACACGGGCGCGGGCGAGUUCCGCGUCGACGCCGACGGCUCCCACACGCUGCUCAACUGCCUCAUGUACAAGAUGAGCUACUACAAGUUCGGCCUCGUCUACACUGAAGGCGGGCGGCCGCCCGGGUUCGACCGCGUGCGCGGCGCCGAGAUCGGCAACAAGGACUUCAACCUCGACGUGCUGGAAGAGGCCUACACCACCGAACACUGGCUCGUGCGCAUCUACAAGGUCAAGCCGCUGCCUAACCGCGGCCUCUAAACUUCCACCACCCUUCUUUUGAGGCUCUUUCUACAAACAAAUGUCAUUUAUUUUCACAAUGGAAUAGAGCUGAAUUUCUUUUGUCCUAAAAUUUAACAAACCAAAACAAAUGCAACUUUGUUCCCUUUGUGAACUAGUUUUAAAUUAUUGUUAUAAUAUGUACAUUUUCUGCACACAUGGGCUUAGAAAAAAAUAUAUUUUUCAUUCUGUAAUUUGGCUCGUACUUAGGCCGUAUAGAAACCAACUGUUAAUCGUUUAUACAUUAUGCUCCAUUGAAAACCUUUUUCUACAGAAUGCAUCCGAUAGCAUAAAUACAUUAGAACUGUGGUCGUCAGGUCGUCAUCUUCACUCAUUUAGCCUAUUGAGAUUUAUAUGACGAAUAUGUACUGCUUGUAAUACUAUUGGUUUUCGCUAUACGUGCAAACUUAAUAAAGUGAUCAGAAACCAAUCCCUGCCUAUUGAAUAGUCGCCAUCAAGAUAUGUGCGGAUAUUUUUGAGCACCCUGCCUGCACAGCAAUAUCUGCACAUAAUUAUUGUACAUGAUAAGCUUGUACCCAGAUACUAAUCGCUUUGUUAAAUGUGAUGGCAACUGUACAUUCUGGUCAGUCGUUGAGAUUAGUCAUACUAUUCUAACUUUUAUAUAGCCAAAAAGGCAAUAACGGAACUCUUAUAAUUUUGUUCUGUCUGUCCAUCCAUAAGUUGAGUCAGCAACUCGGUUGAAUGUGUAUAUUGCGAGCUGCUACAAUGUUUUGUAGUUUAUACAUUGUGCCCUGCUGCUGCUUGGCAUUGGCAGGUGCAUCUUCCUAUAGCUCUCCUACGUCAACAAAAAAUCAUGCUGAGAAUCGGUGGUAUCGUUCAUGUAACCUAUGAUAACAUGCCCUUUAUUAGUGGAAGGCAUCAAGUGCCGUGAAAAUACGCUUUUUACCAGUAGGUGUGUUUUGUGUGAGGGCUCGGAACCCUUCAUUGUUCUUGGUCCUACACGCACUCUGUCGGCUUUUUUAUUGUACUUGGUCAUAAGAGAAGUAGUGUAGUUAAUAACUAUAUAUAUUAUGUAAUACGACUGAAUGAAUUCUUAGAUAUAAAUACGAGUAAGUAGCAUAACACCAUCCGGGUGCAUCAACUCAUGAGCGUUACGAGGAAUUCUUUUCCACUAGGGAUAUGUUUAAAAUAUUGGAUAGAUGUUUGUAAAGACCACAUAACUGAGUAUUUUGGUUGAUACUGCAUUUAUCAUUAACAGCUGUUAGGUGAUGAAUUCAUAAUAUAUCUUCAUGAAGCUACUUAUUUAUUAACCUAAUUUAUAGCAAAUAAAGAAAUAACAGUUUAUAUCCCACGUCUAACAACAUUUGUAACAACGUUUGUAAGGACAAGAUCAUAUUUCACAUUGUAGAAAACAACGAUAAAGAGGAUAUUAAGUAUAUUUUGGUAUAUAUGCGAACACUAUAAGUGUAGGUAGAGUGUAGAUUUAUUUAAGAUCGCAUAUCUACAAUGAAUGUGUGGACAGGUGUAUAGGGACGCCUGUAGGAAAGGAACUUGAGCAUCACUGCCAUCAGGGCUUCGCGGAAGAAAUGUGCAAAACAUCUUUUGGGAUUCGGACGAUCUUGAAAACAUCCUGGCUAAGCUGGUUUGAAGUAAAGCUUGUUUUUAUCUCGUCAACUUGCUGGAAGUUUGUAGCAAACGCUUGUAAGUAAUACCAUAAUCAAUGCUUUCUAGUGCUUUUAAAAUAUAUAGUUCAUGUAAUUGUUGUAGUAAAUUAUAGUUAAAUUUAUUUCUCAAUUUUAGUAUAUUAUUUAAUCAUAUCGAAGACAGCACAAAAUACUAUGUGAUUAUGUAAUAUCAUUGUGAUAAGUAUUAUCGUUGUAAGUCACUCUUGUGAUAUCAAAACCAGCUUGAACAUUAAUCUUACGUUAGCACUUAGCAGCAAACACAAUUGAAAAGUCUAGGGGGAGGGGGGGGGGGGAGAAACGAUAAGGAUAAAUUUUAUAAUAGAAAAAAGAAAAUAAGAUUUUGUAAACUCGAUGGGUACGCUGACAGAUGUCAUUUCAAUACAACGUUGCGAGAUUUGGCCUUUUUAGGUUAUUUAAUUAUUAAUAAUCCCAUCAAAACAAGAAAUGUGAAAUGAGAGCCAAGUUCAAUAUGAAGUACGAGCAUAUGCGUUGUUGUUGACUUCGCCGACAAAAGAAUUGGGGUCAUGUGUAACGGUUUGCUAUAAAACCUCGUUCGCGUUUGCCGCUUUGUGAUGGCCGGUUGUAAAAAAUUUAAACAUUUUAAAAUCGCUUUCGGAAAUCUGUCACGUGAAAAAAUUAUGAACAUUGCGAUUUUUUUUUUCAAAUGAGAAAUUAAAUAUCUCUUAUAUAAUUACUUACCUUGUUACUAUUUGGAUCUUGCCUCAUUAUUAAUAUGCUGUGUAUAUGUUUCCCCGGAUCGGGUAAGUGUUGUGAAUAUUUAAUUUAAGCUACUAAUAGGAAUAAUUUUACUUUAAUUUCUUUUAUAUUGUAAACUAAUAUUUUUCUUUGUGACUGCCACAUCCGCGAACACUAAAAUCAUGCUUAAGGGUCGCUAAUAUUUUUUCCUUUGUGGGCCGGCCUUCCCAGUCACUGUUUUUCUAAAAUGUCUAAUAUCCUAGGGCCAAGUCUAGGGUUGAAAUCGGAACCGACCAACCUGGAUGCGCAUGCUCCUCUACGUUCCGGAAGGUUCCCGUGCUGAGGAAUCAGAACCAGGGACCGGACAACCCUUUCCGCGAUAAAACCCUUUCAAUGGGUGACACUUAAACACGGCUAACACAUUGAAAGACUUUCCCUUUUGAAUUGCAAGCCUAUUCAUACCCUUACCUUUGACUAACCCUUACCGAAAAGCUAACCAAAAAUAAGGCUAGCUCUUAAUAAGGGUUACCCUUAUCUUUAAGCGCUUUUUAUAAAGGUUUCCCUUUGCGUGAAAGAGACAGGAUUAGUAUAUAUCUAAGGUAGUGUAUGAAAAGGAAAGAAAAUACGUGCCUAGUCAAAGAACGCCGCCGUCGCCGCCGACGAUCGCUCGGAUUCGAAGUAAUGUGUGCUUUAUGAACAAGGUAGACGACUUAAAUUAGCACGCUUAUAUGCUAAAAGGGAAACCCUUUAUAAGGCUAACCCUUAUAAGCAAUAUGCAAGGUGUUGGUGAGCGGAUGAUAAGGGUUUUGUAAGGGUAUUUGGGCUACCGAUUACUCAAAUGUGGUAGCUUUAUAUAAGGGUUUUAAAACCAAAACAAAGGGUUUCGUCUGGCAAAGGGUAUGGUGAGUUAAGCCUUAUGCAAUACCCUUAUAAAACCCCGAUAAGGGAUAGCGGGCCGGUCCCUGAUCAGAACCACUGCUGUAGACGGCCGUCUCCAAGUGCGACGUUAGUGCAGGGAAGUGACCCCUAUAAAGGACUUGUUUAGCGCUAAUUUGUUAAUUUGCCAGCUCAGAAUUAAACUCACGACACCCUAUCUUUUGUAAAAUUUACUCCGGGUAUUUUACUUCUCUCUCUUUUUAUAAUCUACCCUACUUUAUCUUAUACCUUUAAACGAACAAUUCUUGUAUACCCGGUGUUUCCUGUAACAGGAGCAAUAAAUUAGGCUGUAAGCUGUACUCCUCACUGACCAACAUUUGUUCAGCAACUUUUAAAAAUAGCUUGUGUUUUGAUUUUUAUUACACUAAAGUUUAUUCCAAGACGCAAUGUAUUGCAAAAUUUGUUAUGUUUAAAGGGUGACAAGCAACGUCAAACACAUAGAUGGCAGCGUACAUUGAAAAUAAUAUUUAAUUAGUAUAAAAAAAAAUUAUCUAAAAAUUUCAUAAUUUUAAAAACUGUGAACAAAUGUUGGUCAGUUUGAGGCGUACAGCCUCCAGUUUAAUUUAUUGCUCCUGUUACAGGAAACACCGUGUAUAUGUAUGUAUAUUUCGGGGAUCUCGGAAACGACUCUAACGAUUUCGAUGAAAUUUGCUAUAUGGGUAUUUUCGGGGACAAAAAAUCUAUCUAGCUAGGUCUUAUCUCUGGGAAAACGCGCAUUUUUUGAGUUUUUAUAUGUCUCCCAGAUAUUGCGACGUUAAAAGUCACAAAUGGGUGCCAAGUUCUGUGUAGAAAAUCAUGUUUACAAUGCAUUUAUUUUACUUUGGAUGUAAUUCAAGUUCAAGAUGUGACUUGGCUAUUUUUUACCAACAAACCAAAUUUGCCUGUCAGUGAGAACAAAAAUUUUACAGUUCCGAACAACUGACAGGCCGAUAAUAAGACCUGUAUGUAAAAACUAGCCAAGUCAAAUCUUGAACUUGAAUUACAUCCCAAGUAGAAUAAAUGUAUUGUAAACAUGACUUUCUACACAGAACUUGGCACCCAUGAUCUCAAUUAGCUCCAUGCGUUACUUUUUUGUAAUCAUAAUUAAUAUCGUUUGAACACCGGAAAAAUAAAAAUACUUAUGAUGUACCUUCAUAUUAUUUUAUAAAAAAAUAUUUAAAUGUUGAAAAUUUUGAGCGGUUGAAAUGCUCAUAAUUUUUGUCGCGAAUUCGACAGAGCGUGAUGACGUCACACGUUGGACGGUCCAACUGAGUUAUGUGAACUAAUCUGUCGAACGCGUGACGUCACGUGACGUUUCGCUCACUAGCUUUUCGCGGGAAAAUUUUUGUAAUUUGUAUUUAUUAUUUUAAGCAAUUAAAUGAUAAUUUAAUAACGGAAAUGCAUUUGUGUAUGAUGUAACGGUAACAAACAUCCGAAUAAAAAAUAACUCGUUCAAAUAUAAACUUCAUGCAUGAGGCUAAUUCUUUUGUCGGCGAAGUCAACAACAACGCAUAUACUCAUACUUCAUAUUGAACUUGGGUCUCAUUUCACAUUUAUGUUUUUGAGGGGGUAUCAUUACUUUUUGUACAGAAAUUAUUAGUAGGUACCCAUUAUGUUAUUUGUAAAAUUACUCCAUUAUUCAUCAAUACUUUCAUACUUAACUUUGUUAUUACUGUUUUUCCCUCUAUACACACCUAAUAGUCUACCAUGAUGCCAAAUAUUAAGUUCUAGGUCAUCUGGAAUUGGGUUAGGUUUUGACCUUAUUGGUCUUAAUUUAAUAUAAUAAUUAUUAAUAUAUGAUUUUUUUCCAUCGAAUUAUCUGUCAAUUUUCAGUUUUCAAAUUUAUCUUUCUAUAUACACCUAAUAGUCUUACCUUGAUGCUAAAUAUCAAGUUUAGGGUCAUCUGGGGUUAGGUUUUUUGAUAUAUGUAUUUAUAACUAACUAAGUCAGUCAGUCACAAAAAUGCCGGUUUUUAAACGUUAAUUUAUCAAUAACUGUUGAGCUACGUUUACGAAAUUUGUAUUCUAUUCAAGCUAAGGGGCUUGAAUAAAUGUGCCAAAUUUCAUAUGUGCAGGUUAAAUGAUUUUCAAGUUGUGAAGGGGUCAAAAGUAGCGCGAAAUGGUUCGCGUAAUAUUACUGUUGCUGCGUCGCCAGUUCCCUUUUCUUUGAACUUGGCUGGACACGCUACCACGUGUCUAGAUAUGGAGAUGACACCUAUCACCCUACCCAUCGAGUUUGAAAAAUUAUAGUUUUAAUUACUGUUUCACAUUUCAAAAAAGUCCUAAAUGACAGUCCUGCCCUAGCUACCUCUUGCUCACUACAGACAUCGAUCGAGUGAAGCAGCUUGCGACACCCGAACCCCGAACCCGAAACAUUGUGUUUCCUAUAAUUCAUCCAAUUUAUUGUGAAGUAUUGUGCUUUGUAACUACUGUCUCGCAUUCAUGCAAAAUGUUUUUACUUGCAAUGAAUAUGACUUCUUAAUUCUUAACUUUAUCAUAGGUAUAUAUAUAUUUUGUAUUUUAUUUCUAGAAUCAUCAGUUUAAUGACUGUGCGCAAAUUCGGGUAUGUUUUAAGACCGUAUAUGUCCCACAAUGUCAAAACGACAAUUUUAUUUUCUAUUUUUAUGUAAAAUAAAACAUUUCACAUAA